AAAAGAGGAACGGUAUAUUGUAGAAAGCUUACCCUGUUACCUCCUGGGGAAAAACUGAAUGUGGAGUUUGACGAUGAUGGUGUGGCUAUUGGUGAUAAUGCUUCAUUAUUUUCUUUCUUCUUGGGUCAACAAGUUCGAAAUAAACAAGUUAAAUGUUGGGACGAUUAUAAAUCUGAAACAUUAGACCAUUUGUGGGCUUGCAUCACGGAGAAGUGGUCAUUUGAUGACCCUGAAAACAGGCGGGAGUGUGUUAUGAAACAUGCACAACGUUUAUUCAGAGGUGCUAGGAGCAAAUUGAAAUCAAAGUACUUUAAUGAUAAAAACUUGAAAACAAAAGAAGAACGUCUCAAAAAUAAGCCUAGUCAUCUGACUAAAGUGGAAUGGAAGUUCUUGGUUGACUAUUGGAGUGAAGAGGCGGUUAUGGAGAAGAGAAAAAAAGCAAGUGAAAGUAGGGCACAACAGAAGAUGCCUCACUAUAAUGGCACUAAAAGCUUCGGUCGCACUAGACAAGAAAUUAAGAAGAAGAAUGGCGGGAAGUGUUCUCGAGUUGAUGUAUUGGUUGCAACUCGUACAAGAAAAUCUGAGAAGGCUGUGAAUGCAAUCAAUUUGGCAAAUAACACUCAUGCAGUAGAUGAGAUAAACAAAUUAAAGGAACAAAGAGAGCAAGGUCUUAAUGAGAAAAUAGAUGAGCAAAUUAUUCAGGAUGUGCUUGGCAAAGAUACACAUGGGUAUUUGAAAGCUCAUGGACCUGGUAGAAGUAUUACGCAACAUUUUAAAGUAAAUCCCUCUCGAAUUGAUCUUACUCAAGAGGUGAAUGAAGUUAAAAAGAAAGCAGAUCAAGCAAUUGAAGAUGCAAGAAAAGAAGCUGAAAAUGCUAGAACAGAAGCAGAACAGGCUAAAUUAGAAGCUGAACAAGCCAAAAAAGAGGCGGAAGCUGUUAAGAAUGACGUGGACAGAAAAAUUGCUGAUAAUAAUGCAGUUUGGGAGAAGAAGUUUAGUCAACUUCUGGAUUUUCUUGGAGCAGGAAGUUCAUUAGAUUCUGAUGAUUUAGGAAGUCAAGGUUCAAAGGAAUGAAGUAACAAGGAGCGGAGCACAAACAUAUUGUCACAUUGUACAUAUAUAUAGAGUAUAGAUUGUUCUUCAGCAAAACGAUUUGAGUGUUUUAUUUUUUAUUUAUUUUAGUAAGAGUGAGCUAGAGAUGAGACAUUGAGACAAUUGAUUUCUAGUAUGUUUGUAUAUAUGGAUAUCGAAUUCAAGUAUGUUUGAAUGAAAGGGAUUCCAAGACAUAAUAUCACCUUUUUAAUGUUAUAUAUCGAUUUCAAGAAUGACAAAUAUGACAUAUUUGAGAAAAACUCCAUCUUUAAUAUUCAGUUAUGCGUAUACCAUAAAUGCUGCAAC